CGCUUUUCCCGUCCGUUUUCUCACCCGCCUCGUCGUCGCCGUUGCUUGCGUCCUCGACACCAUUGUCGUCUUCUUCAUCGAAAAUGACUACUACUAAAGUCAGCGUGCCACCCGAAGAGGACAUCGCGCUCCCCACGCUCACUAGUCCCAAGCACCAUGACUAUGCUCAUCACCCUCCGAAUCAUACCGUCAAUGACGAGGCCGUCAACGAGGCGACACACGCAGGCUCAGAUUCUUCGGAGGGCUCUGCGACGGAUUCUGCGGAUGACUUCGACUGGGAUGAAGAGGACGAGAGCUUGACGCAGAAAGAGCGAGAGGCGAACGCGUCGAAGGCGAAAAGGUUCAGGUAUAUUUGGGUGGCGUUCAUGAAACUCUCGAGACCUAUACGGGUGGUUCUUGCCGGUGUCUUGGGAUGUGGUGUCCUCAUCACGCCCUUGCUCGUCUUCCAGUUUCGCUUUCACGAUAGUGUGGCCCAACCACAGGUUCACGUAUGGUCGCUGUGGCUCGCCAUCGUUUGGGCUACUUCUUGCGUCACCUAUCUCGCAGUCGACCUCAUUCCCAAACUGUUCAUUUCUAUGGUCGUUUUGCUCGGGUAUAAAGUUGAGAGGCUGAGGAUUCAGAUCGAGCUGAUCUUCGCCAUAUCCGGCUGGUUGAAGCUGGUGCUGGGUGUAUCAUGGGCAUGGAUUGCUCUCUCGGUCAUUCGUUCCAUCUUCGAGCCCUCUGGGUCGUACUGGACCAUCAUCAACCGUGUCAUGCAGGCUCUCUUCUCCGCAGCCGUUAUCGUCUUUGUCGAGAAGGUCUUCCUCCACCUCGUUGCCAUAAACUUCCACGAAAAAGCCCUCUCCCAACGUCUUGCGGAGAACCGUCUUGGUCUCAAGGCUCUCGACCGUCUCUCGAACGCUCAGCCUUCUCAGGCCGCUAAACGCAACCCCUACGGCAACAACAACAAAUCGAAGGGCCAUAAGACAGGUAACAGCGGUUCGCUCGGUACCUUCGACCUCUUCGGUGGAAAAGAGUCCAAGAACGGCACGCAAGACGGACACGUACACAACGCGUCGUCGAGUUCAUCGCCAAUCAGGGAGAAAGAAAGUCACAAUGGCAUCUCUGUUUCGAAGCAGAACUCGGCGGAGAGGAAGAGGAAGAGGCGAAACGUCAUGGCCUCGGUUCUUGUCGAUCAGCUGGGAGACGCGAUCGGCCAGGUGGCUUUGAAGAACUCGAAGUUCAACAGGGAACAUGGGUCGGGCGAUCUUUAUUCGGCGAGGAAGUUGGCGAAGAAGUUGUUCAAUUCGCUCAGCGAUACUUAUCCCCGGAGAGACUAUCUCAUUGUUGAUGAUUUUGUCCCAUACUUCAAAACUACGUCAGACGCACAUGCCGCCUUCGCAUUGUUCGACAAAGAUGGCAACGGCGAUAUCACUAAAAAGGAGAUGAGAGAAGCCGUCCAGCGUAUUUACAGAGAACGAAAGGCCUUGGUUGCAUCUCUCAAGGAUGUCAGCUCAGCCGUCGCGAAACUCGACGCCGUGCUCUUCUCCGUGGCACUUCUCAUUCUCAUCUUCGUCUUCCUGCUCAUCUUCAACAAGAGUGACACACUCUCGUCGCUUGUACCGCUCGCUACUCUCAUUCUCGGAUUCUCUUUCGUGUUUGGUAAUUCAGCAAAGACACUUUUCGAGUCGUUGAUCUUCAUCUUCGCCACCCACGUUUUCGAUGUCGGAGAUCUUGUUAUGAUAGAUGAUCAGGUUUUGUUCGUAAAAGAAUUCGGUCUAUUCUCGACCACGUUCCGUCGAGUCGAUGGUCAGGAAAUCGUUGCACCAAAUGCUUUACUCUCUUCUUCCAAGUUGAUCCACAAUCUGAGGCGUAGUAACUCCAUGUGGGAAUCAACGAACCUCACGAUUUCAUACAAUACGUCGCUCGAACUGGUAGAGCAACUAAAGGCCAAGCUCAACCAGUACGUUACGGAGCACAGCAGGGAGUGGUCGGGUGUCAUUGUCAAUAUAGAUAAGAUGGAGUAUCAGAAUGCGAUCUAUAUCAUCAUCGCUAUGGAGCAUCGACCAAACUGGCAAGACUGGGGAGGUCGCUGGGUACGCCGCAACGCCUUCAUGCGCUACCUCAAAGCCGUCCUCGAAGAGCUCAACCUCACCUACACCAUGCCCGUCCAACCCGUCAUCAUGGGCGGCAACGGUCGCGGCGGCCGUGGCGGUAACUUCUACUCAAAUCCUGGAGGUGGUGGUCCGGGAUCGAUGUACUCGUCUGGCACUCCGAGGGUGGCGCCGAGGCCUUUGAGAGACGAUUUGGGGAACGCCGGGCUGUUUCAGGGGAGUAAGGAGAUGAUCAUGUCGCCGACGGCGGCAAUUGCGGCGGGGGAGAGUCAGUGGAAGUAUUAGGUCGAGGUGGUGCAGUGCUCGGUGAUUUUGGUGGAGAAUAUUAGUAGUGGUAGGUGGCAGUAGAAGUGGCUGGUCAUGCUUGAAGGUGGCGUGGCCGGUAGUGGUGACAUAACUUGCAUAUUUAGAAUUCUCUUACAUUGGGAUGCUCCCUUCCCCUAUCUUGUUUUCGCAUCCCUUCCAUCCGUCUCAUACCAUCCCAUUUCACCCCACCACCUCAUGAAUGAUUGACGUGUGCGGCCCUAGUGGUUCGCCCGAGUUUCUGACGACGACGGACUUCUCAUUAUCACGCAUCCUAACUCCUCACGUUUCGCUUUCCACCCUACACCCAUCCAUUAGCAUAACGUGCACUCAGGUGCACACGUUCCGUACACUCCCUCGAGCUCCCCUCCUCAUACCACUUCUAUCAAAGUUACUUUACUUGCUUUACGCGGUUCUACUCGUGAUUGCACGCCGGAUGAUGGUGGUAGUGGCGAGCGUGUCUCUUUCUACGAUCUUAUGUUGUUUCGAUCUAACUCCUAAUGUCAUGUUGUUCUUUUC